AGACGGCCGAGUCGCAGCAACACGCUCCUUAGACUCAUUGAGAGGCCUGCUUUUGUCCCAUCGGCCGCGAUUCCAACUCUCCGCUUCUCAUGCAUCUUUCACAGCGACAAACCCAACUGCCGUGCUCUCACAGGCGACCAUCCCAGUGACUAACUUUGCCUUGGCCAGCGUCACGGCCUUCCACUUCCGAGAAGCUGCGCGCGGGGAAGAGGAGAACUUCUCUCACGAUGAGUAUGUACGUCAUGGCCCCUCUAUUGGGUCUUAAGAAGCAUGAUGGGUGGAAUUGGGUCUUAAAGGCACAUAAUUGACUGGCAUGGCGGCCAUUCUUCUCACCUUUUGCCUUUUGGUAGGACUGUCACUCUCCUUGACUCACAACGCUACUGUCUACUCGUCAGAUACUCUUCCCUUCGAAAUUACAAAAGACACAGUCGAGGGCGACCCGGACUACGUUGCGCCAAGUUUUCCAAUUCUGCCCUUCACGAAAUAUGCGAACAACCCAAUACUUUCGCCAAAUGCAGUCAAUAACUGGGAAAGCGCGUUUCUGUACAAUCCCACAGCCGUGGUAUUGAAUAAGACAGUAUUUCUGCUAUAUCGAGCCCAGAAUGCCUCGAAGACGUCAAGCAUCGGUUUGGCGUGGUCAACGGAUGGGUACAACUUCACGCGCCUGAACCAGCCGAUCAUCUACGCCACGGAAGAAUACGAAACCAUAGGUGGCACUGAAGAUCCGCGCAUCGUGAGAGUGAAUGGGACCUUCAUCGUCACUUACACGGCCUACAACAACGUGUCGGCUCAGCUGUGCAUGGCGACUUCUACCAACCUGUUGAAUUGGAACAAGAUCCCGCCUUUGUUCCCUAGCUGGAUAGAUGUAGCAUACUCCGACAUCGACAUUCCGAUGCCGCGUGUCAACCAUUCUAAGUCGGGAGCAAUUGUGAAAGAGCCAACGCCUGACGGGUUAUACCACAUGUACUGGGGCGACUCUUUCUUCUACCAUGCUACAUCGUCAGACUUGCAUAACUGGACCACUCUCCCCGCGGAAGAAUACUUUGCGCGACCUGUUAAUCCUUGGGAGAAUCGCCUCAUCGAACCUGGUCCUGCGCCUAUUAAGACGAGAGAUGGUCGCUGGUUGUUGGUGUACAAUGGCAUGACGACUGGUCGCGUUGGAUUCCCAAAAGACCAGUACUCAGUAGGGCAAAUGCUGAUAGACCCGAGUGGAGGUUUCAGGCCGAAUCUGAAUACUAGCCAGGCAAUCGGCUGCUCGGGGAGCACUUAUCAGCCUGCGCUGAAAGAUGGGCCAAUUGCGCGAAUCGAAGAGCCGCUCAUGGUGCCUGAAGCAGUGGACGAGCAGCAAGGGCAGGUGAACCAAGUGGUCUUCGCAGAGGGACUGGUGCAGUUCAAGGGCAAGUGGUUUCUGUAUUACGGGCAGGCCGACAGUCAACUGGGAGUAGCAACCGCUGAGGUUCAACCCUAGCACGCUCAGGUACCGCUGCGGGGGACGAAGGGUUCAGGCGUGCCAUGGUAGGCUGAAGUCACUAUUUCAGGAACUGUACCUACGUUCAACGAACGCCGCCUCACGUCAGUAGUGUUCGGAAAUCUUCAAGCAUCUUAGCCACUAUACGGCUGCGCGGAGGAAACCAAGCCGUUUCCACGUUGCUUUUCCUCAUGACACAUCAGGUACUAUUUGCAGCUCCCAUGACCGCACAGCCAGUCGGCGCUGCCAUACCGCCAUGUACUACUCCGAAAGCGGACUCGAAGCCAAGAGAAAGCAAGCUCCAUUGCAGUUAGACGGGAG